AAAGUUUUAAUAAUGCCGUCUGCCGUAGUAAACUCCGGAUCAUCAAACUCUACAGGACUUACUCAUCAAUCGGAUGAUAUAAAUCAAGAAUGUGGCAUACGAGAAGUCUGGCGCCAUAAUCUUGAAGAUGAAUUUGUUCUCAUCCGUAAGAUUGUUAAUAAAUUUUGUUAUGUAGCAAUGGACACUGAAUUUCCCGGAGUUGUUGCACGGCCUAUCGGUGAGUUUCGAUCAACUGCCGAUUACCAAUAUCAGUUAUUACGAUGCAAUGUGGAUCUCCUUAAAAUUAUUCAGCUUGGAUUAACAUUCAUGGAUGAAGACGGAAAUACAGCACCCGAAUUCUCAACAUUUCAAUUUAAUUUCAAAUUCAGUCUAACCGAGGACAUGUACGCGCAAGAUUCAAUCGAUUUGCUGCAAAAUUCAGGCAUUCAAUUUAAGAAGCACGAAGAAGAUGGCAUUGAUCCAAUCGAUUUUGCUGAACUUCUCAUGACGUCCGGAAUCGUUUUAAUGGAUAACAUUAAAUGGUUAAGCUUCCAUUCUGGAUACGAUUUUGGAUAUCUCUUGAAAGUUCUUACUGAUCAAAAUUUGCCAGCCGAUGAAAGUGAAUUCUUUGAACUAUUGCGAAUCUAUUUUCCUACGAUCUACGACGUCAAGUAUUUGAUGAAGUCUUGUAAGAAUCUUAAAGGUGGAUUACAAGAAGUUGCUGAACAACUUGAUAUUAGAAGAAUCGGUCCGCAACAUCAAGCUGGCUCGGAUUCUUUGCUUACUGGCAUGGCCUUCUUCAAAAUGCGAGAAAUGUUCUUCGAGGAUAACAUUGAUAACGAUAAAUACUCAGGUCAUUUGUUUGGCUUGUCAUUCAACACAGCAGAUCGCAUCAUGCCUGCAGAAUAAAUACACACAAACUUGUACCCAGAAUUUUUGGUGACAUUUCAACAACAAACAACAAUAAAAAUGAAAGAAUAAUAAUGAUGGAUAUAAUUUUUAUAUAAUAACGAGUAGGAAGAAAGAAAGAAAAUCUGAAAUUAUUAAAGAAAUACCUAAAUGCUGCA